AUGUCUUCAACCUCGGCACAAGAGAUUAUGUAUAAGAAUGAUACAUCCGACUAUGCUGAAGAUAUAGUUGUUUACGGAUAUUACUUUGAGAGACAAGUUAUAUGCGCAGUGCUCAUCAGUGGUGGCAUCUUCGGAACGAUCGGCAACUGCUUCGUCGUCAUGGCGGUGAGUUUGUCCAAAAAACUCCAGACAGCCACCAACGUCUUUGUGGUCAAUCUGGCCGUUGCCGAUGUUAUGACAUGUCUCAUUACACCAUGGCAGGCCGUAGCGAUCCUGGGAGGGGAUGAGUGGCCGAUACCGAGGGCGCAAUGGGUUUGCACCGUUAUUGCCUUCGUAGUUGUUGUCACAAUCGGUUGCAGCGUGAACAACCUGGCUCUGAUCGCCGUCAACCGUUGGGUGGGCAUCACUAAGUCUCGCUUCACCACCCGUCGCAUCUACACCGCCCGUAAGCUCGCUUUGAUGGUCAUCUUCUCCUGGGCUAUACCGAUCUGCUGCGCCCUGACACCGGUCCUGACGGACCUUGGCGAGCUCGGCUACGAAACGCUUUACAAAUCCUGCACCUGGGUUAGAUCGAACCCGUACUCAUUCUACUACAACAUGUUGAUCACGGCGAUCUACUACCCUAUUCAGUUGAUUGUAAUCAUGAUCAGCUAUUCUUCAAUCUUUUGCUAUGUCCGAAGGACCUCGCGUAAGAUGACACGCGCUGACGCCCCGUCCCUCUCGGGCAAAAUCAGCGGUGGAGGAGGCAACCGCGCCAUGAGGAGACAGCUGUGGAAGAGACAACUAGACGUCACCAAGAACCUGCUCUACAUCGUCUUGGCGUUUCUCAUCUGCCUCACGCCUUACUUUGUGUCCAUUCUGUCCUCUGCGGCUUGGAGCUACCGUCUUGUUCCUUGGGGAGCCGUCAUCUUGUUCUGCAAUAGCUGCGCAAACCCUAUCAUUUACGCAACCUCUCACCCAGGUUUCAAGGAGGCUUUUGGACACAUGAUCAGGUGUCGGAAGAUUCCUGUUGCCAAUCCCAGUCAGCGAAUAAGGUCAAGUAAGACAGGUGACACACGGGCAUAG